AUGAGCUCCUACAUUGAUUGGUCCAAGACUACCAAGUCAAAGGACUACCGAGGAUCCACGUCCUUUGCGACUUUUCUCAUCAUCGGCCCGACAUGCUUCUUCUUGGGCAUCCUCUUCGCGUCGUUUCCGUACGACUUCCCCCUCCUGUGGACCAAGGAGCCGGUCGCCGCCGACUACUACGACAUGCUUGAGACGCAUCUCAAGUUUGUUCACCAGGCGCCCCCGCUCAUCGGGCGCCUCCUCAACAUCAUCAUGAGCGUGGGGUUCCUCGGCCUCUUUAUCAAGCUCUUCCGCCCCAGCGAGGCCAACUUCCUCUUUGACGGCGCCUCGCUGAUCCUGUACCUCAUCGGCGUCGCCGUCUACAUCUCCAACAUUGUCAAGGGGCUGCGCACCGUCAGCUCCGGCUUCUGGCACACGGAGGAGUUUGCCGCUUCUCAGGGUCGUUUUGAGGGCGAGAUUAUCCUUGGCCGCGAGGACAGCCUCAAGGUUCUGGCGGCGAGCAACACCAUUCUGGCUCUGGUGUUGGUGGGCAUCCUUGUGCUGCAAGCAGGACAGUGGUACGCUGAGAAGAGGGACUUGGACGACGAGAAGGAAGUGGCAAAGAAGGAGGGCAAGAAGAAGCAGUGA